UAUCAUAAAUACGCUGCUGCAACAGUACAUAGGAGUUCAGGUAUAAUAUCAGUCUGAUGUGUGGCAUCGUCGUGUGAACAAUGGAGACAAUGGAUCGCGGAGGAAAGGAAAAGCUCUCCACAUUCCAGAAAGAUGCGCUGUCCGCACACAACAGAUAUCGAGAAAAACAUGGCGUCGGAACACUGAAGUUAAGCGAUGACCUUUGCGCGCAUGCGCAGCAGUGGGCCGAGCACCUGGCCAGCACAGAUACGUUCAAGCACAGCAACAAGGACUUUGGGGAGAAUAUUGCCAUGAAUUUCAGCAGCCAGACAACAGAAUAUACAGGUAACAGUUUGUAA